CGUCGUACCUACCGGUUCUUUCAAGGAUCGCCGCAUAUAAAUGCAUUCGAACAGUCGCGGCAUUGAGCUAGUUUCAUCAUCACUGUCUGUUAGUUGUCGAUCUCGUUUGAAUGUCAUUUUAAUUUGUGAGAACACCAAUCGAUAGUAAUGUGUGGAAUAUUUGCCAUAUUACUGAAGGAUCCGCGCGAAUGUCAACGGUGCUCAAAUGAGUCGCUCAGGGAGUUGGCUUUUCGGCAAUCGAAGAAACAGCGACAUCGAGGUCCAGAUUACACCGGAAUAACGGUAGAUUCCACUAACGGAGUAGCUCUGGUUCACGAAAGGCAUUCGGUGCUCGGGGUGAAGACAGGACGACAGCCCUUUUUGUCCCAAGAUGGAUCGGUGCAGCUCACUGCCAAUGGUGAAAUCUACAAUUAUCUUCAGAUGGCUAAGCAGUUGAAUGAAGCGCUCGAAUCGGAUGAUCAAACAGCUUUUGUGCCAAGAAGUGAUUGUGAUGUGAUUAUGGCAUUUUACGAAACUUUCGGAGUCGAUGCCCUGAUUGAAACUAUUCGUGGAAUGUUUGCCUUUGUGCUUUACGAUCGAAAAAGUGACAACAUGUUGGUGGCGCGCGAUCCAAUUGGAAUUAUCCCCAUGUAUUAUGGAACGGAUUGUGAUGGAAGCUUAUGGUUUGCCAGUGAAAUGAAAAGUUUAGUAGAAAACUGUGAUGAUAUUCAAGUGUUUCCUCCGGGCCACAUGUUUUACGGCAAAAGGGACAAGUUUUUACCAGUAAAGUAUUACAAUCCACAAUGGGCACUUGAAAUGCCUCAAACUCCAGUUGAUCUAGGAGUUUUGAGAAACCUCCUGGAAGACGCCGUUAUCUCACAUUUACAAUGCGAUGUCCCACUGGGUGCCCUGUUGAGCGGAGGUUUAGAUUCAAGCCUAAUUGCUUCAAUUGCGACCAAGGUCAUGAGAAAGCGUCAUGGCCAGCAGUAUCGUUUGAAAACUUACAGCGUUGGACUAAUUGGAGGACCGGACUUUGAGUACAGUAAUAUGGUAGCUGAAUACAUCAACAGUGAUCAUACCGAUGUUUAUUUUACUGCCGACGAAGGGUUAAACUACAUUCGGGAAGUUAUCUAUCACAUGGAAACCUAUGACAUUACAACCGUUCGAUGUUCAAUUCCUAUGUACCUACUCUCGCGAUUCAUCAAGAGUGAAGGAAUCAAAAUGGUUCUGUCCGGCGAAGGUGCUGAUGAGCUCUUCGGUGGAUAUUUGUACUUCCAUCAAGCUCCCUCAACCGAAGAAUUCCACAAAGAAACAGUUAUGCGAGUACAAAACCUCCACUACUCGGAUUGUCUUCGAGCGAACAAGUCCACAGCAGCCUGGGGCCUUGAACUCCGAGUCCCAUUCCUGGAUACGGACUUCGUCAACUACACCAUGAAUAUUCGUCCCGAAGACCGGACGCCGCAGACGAAAAUCAACGGCAAAGUUCAGCCGAUGGAGAAGUACAUCCUCAGAAAAGCAUUCGACAACGACUAUCUACCAAACAAGGUCCUAUGGCGCCAGAAGGAACAAUUUUCCGAUGGAGUUGGAUAUUCGUGGAUCGAUACCAUCACCGAAUACGCUGCUUCCAAAAUAAGUGAGGCCGAAUUCCAAGCAGCUGCCCAACGUUUCCCCAUCAAUACGCCAACCACCCGGGAGGCGUACUAUUAUCGGAAGGUGUUCGAGGAACUGUUUCCUCGGGAUAGUUGUGCCUCGACGGUCCAUCGGUGGAUCCCUCGAACGGAUUGGGGCUGCUCGGCCGAUCCCUCGGGGCGGAAGCAGGUGGCACAUGUUGACGGGACGGUUUAGAAGGAUCCCCAUCGUAUUGAAUAUGCAUGUUUAAAUUUAUGAAAUUUGAGAAAAAACCCGUGAACAAGCAAUCUAUUUUCUGUUGAAAAUAAUUAA